AUGCUUUCCACGAGACUUCGACCAACCGCCAAGAAGCUUCUCAAACCAAUAUCUCGAACUCGUGCAAGGGUACUACUAUCUGAUACGCAAUCAUCAUGGAGCAGCGCGUCCUCAACAAGCAAUCGGAGUACCGCCACUACCACUACCAGAAGUAUAUCCACAGAACGAGAGAAUCAUUUCAAAGACAUUGGAUUUCUUGGCGAGGAUUCCUUGACCAUCUUCAGCACCCUUCAUGAUAUGCAAGUUCGAUCCUGUCAAGUCUAUGCUCCAAACGAGCUGUUUGGGUCGUACAAUGAAUCCGCACAAAGCUUUGACUAUAUCACCUAUGAAGAGUUUGGCCAUCAAGUCGACAAGUGUCGGGGAGUUCUCAAAGACUUGGGCGUCAAGGAGUUUGGAAAAGUGGCAAUUAUUAGCAACAAUCGAGUCGAGUGGGCGGUUAUUGCCUGUGCCGCAUACUCGUUGAAUGCAUCCCUGGUACCCAUGUAUGAGGCACAACUGGCCAAGGACUGGAGUUAUAUCCUGAAUGAUUCCAGCUCCAGUGUGGUGUUUUGUGCCACCCAAGACAUUUACAAUCGUGUGCAGAAGGAAGUCUUGCCCGAGACUCCCACCGUGACAGCGUCGGUCUGUCUGGACGCCAUGGAGGGCGAACCUCAUGCCUUUCGCACCCUCAUGGCUGCUGCUGCUGCUGCUCAAGAAGACCAUACUAACGACACCAAUAGCAUCGUUGAACCUACACCCGAAGAUCUGGCCAACUUGAUCUACACAUCGGGUACGACUGGCCAACCCAAAGGUGUCGAAUUGACCCACGGAAAUUUUGCCACCAAUACGCAAUCUGGAUGUCGCAGUCUGGCCGAGAAACCAAGGGAAUUCAUUCUCGAAAAAGAUCGCUCCUUGGCCUUUUUGCCCUGGGCUCAUUCCUACGGACAAACCUCGGAACUAUGGGCCAGCAUGUCCAUGGGCAGCAGCAUGGGAAUUUGUCGUGGUAUUCCCCAUAUUUUGGAAGAUUUGCAAAUAGUCCAACCAACACUGUUAUUCUCGGUCCCGACCCUUUACAAGAAAGUAUACGACGGGGUGCAUGAAAUUAUUCAUACCGCAAACCCCAUUCGAAGAAGACUACUCUUGUCAGCCUUGAAACUAGGAGAUGCCCAUGCUCGUGCGUCGCAUGGGGUUGGAAGACCCCUGGGACCAAUCAAUACCAUGAAGCAUUCGGUCCUCGAUAAAAUUGUUCUAUCCAAGAUUCGUGAUCGGUUUGGUGGAAAUUUACGGCUUGGUUUCUCAGCUGGGGCUGCUUGUCCGCCAGAGGUUCUCUCUUUUAUGGAUGCUCUCGGAAUUCCAGUCUGCGAAGGAUAUGGCCUGACAGAAACUUCACCAAUCAUUACGGUCAACGUACCCGGCAAGAGAAUGAUUGGAAGCGUCGGAAGUCCAAUCGGUGGCGUCAAGGUGUACAUUGUCGAUGCAGAGGGACGGCCCGUAGCGGAUGGCGAAGAGGGCGAAGUUUGCUGCACUGGACCAAACGUAAUGCGCGGGUAUCACAAUAACAAGGAGGCAACUGAUGAGGUCAUUUCAGUUGCACCGGACGGUGUAUCGAGAAUGUUCCAUACUGGUGAUCUAGGUCGAAUCAAUCCAGAUGGAUUCUUGAUGAUCACUGGACGAAUCAAGGAGCAGUACAAACUUGAAAACGGCAAGUAUGUAGUUCCUACGCCCAUUGAAUCAGCAAUUGGCAUGAGUCGAUUUGUGAGCCAGGUUGUUCUCUGUGGAGCAAAUCGCCCAUACAACGUUGCUCUUUUGGUUCCAGAAUGGUCCGCGAUUCAGACAGAGCUCGGAAUUAGUGAUGCUUCCAUGUCCGAAGAAGAGUUGCUGGCAAAUGACGAGAAUGUUCGCAACCUGAUGGAUAAGGAAAUCCGCAAAACUUGUGCAAAGUUCAAAAAGUUUGAAGUUCCACAGAAGUGGGCCUUUGUUGCACCCUUCACGGCUGCGAAUAACAUGGUGACUCCCAAGAUGUCGAUCCGACGACACAAGGUUAUCGAGGCAUAUGAGGAUACCAUCGCGAACCUAUACGAUGAUGGAGCAAGCAGCUCUACUCUGUAUGAUCAAGAACACAACGAGGCUGUCUAA